AUGCGACAUGGGAUACCUUGCCAUCCUCAGCAUCGAGUGCGUAAUCGGAAACGAAGACAACGGCAACGAUCACGUUCUUUAACUAAGCAUGGACCACUGUAUAAUACUAAUACUAAUAGGAGUGGAUAUAAUGCGAUUCACAAUAGUCAACGACGUUCGCCUACAUCGGCAAUAACUUCAAGUGAAGAAGAAACCACGCACAAUGAAGAUAAUGAUGAUGAAGAAGAGGCUGCACAUUUUUCACCGAGAAGUACAUCUACGACGACAUUUAAUCUACCACGUAAUCGUAAACCAAUUCUACCAUCAUCUGAUUUCAAUCGGCGUUUAUGUGAACUAGAAAAUAAUAAUCAUCAUAAAAUUACAGUGAAUGACAUACCAUUUCAACAACAGCAAAAACUAGUUGAAGUACCAACGACAAACAAACGACGUUAUUCAUUGGGUACAAUCAAGAACCACAAUAAUCAUUUUCAUCUCCGCUCACUCAGUCAUCAUUCGUUUAGCAUCAUACAAGCCCCAUAG